CACCCACCAUGUCCGCCGCAGCACCCACCGACGACGCACCCUCGGUGCUCACGCACCGCUUCGCCCGCUUCAACCCCUUCCGCGGCAGCGAGGACGAGGGCGGCGACGAGCAGGGCCAGGCCGCCGACCCCGAGCACAUCGCCGGCGGCGGCCACGUCUUUGCCGGCCGCGGCGACGAGCAGGCGCGCCGGCAGCUGCGUGUCAGCCAUGCGCUGCGCGCCAUGCUGGCGCAGCAGGGCGAGAUCCGCGAGAGCGACGUCGGCGGCGGCGACGACGAGACGCUGCACUCGUCUGCGCUUCAGGACAUCCUCGCACGCCCGCAGGUCGCGCACCCCGAGUACGUGACGGACCGGUCACACCCGCUCUCCGAGUACUUCAUCUCGUCGUCGCACAACACAUACCUCGUCGCUCACCAGCUGUAUGGCAAGAGCUCGUCGGACGCAUACAAGGCACACCUGAGCGCCGGCGCCCGCUGCGUCGAGAUCGACGCCUGGCCCUCGGACAACCCGAUGGAGCCCAAGGUCACGCACGGCAUGACGCUCACCGAUCACAUUCCCUUCCGCGAGGUCUGCCGCAGCAUCUCGCAGCAGAUGGACAAGGAGAUCCACGAGGCCAAGGAGCACGGCCUGGCACCGCCUGCUCCCAUCUUCAUCUCGCUUGAGAACCACGCGCCGGCUGACGGCCAGCUGCGUCUGGCGGCCAUCAUGCGCGAGGAGCUGGGCGACAAGCUGGUGACUGAAGCCGUGCACGGCGGCAGCGAGGCCACGCUGGAGGAGCUGGGCGGCCGCAUUCUCGUCAUGGUCGAGUACUACGGCGACUCGAGCGCAUCGGGCGCCGCCGCUGCUGCGGGCGUCUCGCGCAAGGACAACGACUCGUCGGACAGCUCCGACGACGAAGAGGCGCGCGCGCACCGCGAGCGCAAGAACAAGGCCAAGACGAACAAGAUUGUGCCAGAGCUGGCGGCGCUGGGCGUCUAUGCGCAGAGCACCAAGCCGAGCAGCGACGCGUGGGCCAAGGAGGAGGUGCUUCCGCCGGGCUAUAUGCCGCAGAACGCCCUCGUCAACGUCGAGGAACGCGCCGUGCUGAAGCUGCUCAAGGAGGGCGCCGGUGCCGGCCUGGCGCGCCACAAUGGCACGGCCCUCGUGCGCAUCUACCCCAAGGGCUUCCGCAUCUCGAGCUCCAACCUCAACCCCGUGCCGUUCUGGGCGUGUGGCUCGCAGGUGUGCGCGCUCAACAUGCAGGUCUUUGACAAGGCCGCCGGUCUCAACGAGGCCAUGUUCGCGGCCACGCCCGGCUGGGUGCUCAAGCCGCCGCACCUGCGCCGCAACCCUACGCCGGCGCCGCAGGGCAAGGUCAAGCUGCUCGUCGAGAUCGCUGGCUGCACGGAUCUGCCCGUGCCGGAUGGCCGGGAGAAGGAUAUCAAGCCGUACGUCACCUGCAGCCUGUAUCACCCUGCCAUCGACGGCAACGAGAAGCGCAAGACGAGCCACUACCGGCCGCACCACCACAAGAGCUUCUUUGGCAAGGAACAGCCGCCGGCCACGUCGCCCGUGUGGGAGCCGGCCGAGCGUCUCGAGUGGACGUAUGACGCGCGGGACGGCGACUUUGCGUUCCUGCGGCUGCUCAUCAAGAGCGACGACGCGUUUGCCAAGAACCCGGCGUUCUUGACGACGAGCGUGCGCCUCGUCAGCGUGCCGAACGGCCAGUGGAUCUUCUUCAGGCUGCUCAACCUCAAGGGCGGCGUCACGCCCGCCACGCUUCUCGCGCGAUUCACGCUCUCGCCGGCCUGAGCGCUCUCCUCGUCACCUCUUCUGCGUUCUGGCCCCGUGCAAGUUGCUGUUCUGCGACUCGGCUUUCCGUUGCGCUGUUUGCUAUUCUCCGACAACGCCUGCGCGGCGCUCGGCUUUUGACAUUCAAAGUCAUGCACCCGAGCCUCGCUCGACGCUGUGUCCCCGCGCUCGGGCGCCCUCGUGAUGGCGCAAGGGGUCUC